UUUCGGCAGAUGACUAAGGAGGAUUUUUGAUAAUCUCUCAUAAAAUUGAAAAAAAUUGUAUCAGAACUUCAAAGAUCUCCUUGCAUUUUACUAAAUAUACUAAUCUACAGUGCAAUUGUUUGCCUAAAUGGCAUAACAGAAUAAUCUUCAGCAUUUCUUCCAAACUAUGAGUUUAAUUGGAACAUUGAAGUCAAAGAGACCUGGAUUUUAUUUGGAUAAUUUUCUGCAUGAUUCAAACAAUUUUUCAAGCAUGAUAUUCAAUCAAUCAUCAUUUUCCAGAAGGUCGGAAAAAGAGCCUUUGCCAUCACAUUCAUCAAGCCAACCUGGCUCACAUUUAAACAAUUUUUAUUCAUCACCAUCAGUUUCCGCCCCUGGAUCACAAGCAAAUUAUUUUGGAUCUGGUUUGGGAAGUCCAGGUGGCUUGAAUACAGCAUCAACAGUACCUGGUGCUCCUGGAAAUAGUAGAGGUCUUUCCGGAUCACCACAAUUCAGUCGAAGUAUCUCACAUCCUGGUUAUCACAGUAGUCAACACUAUAGUCCAUUAUCUUCUAAUGCAAGCUCUGGAUUUCAACAUUUAAAUAGUUCUACUUCAACAUUAUCGUCUACACAACCUGGCAGAGGUAUUUUAUCCAUGGGUCAACGAAGUUCAGGUGUUACUUUGCCGCCAGCUGGUAACUCUCACAUGACUCCUCAAGCAGCUUUUAAUUCUCUUGGUUCUAAAUCAACCAGUCGAGCACCUGGCUUGCCCGUGUUAACCAUUGGAAGGAAUUCACCCGGAAGUAUUGCCCAACAACAGCAACAACAGCAACAGAGAUCAUUUCUUGGAAGCUCUGCACACAAUAGUUUGGUUAGUUCAACUACAUUAUCAAGUGCUUUUGGUGUUCCAAGGUCCAAUCAAAAUGCCUUUGGUUUAUCCUCGUCAUCAAUGGUCAAUGUAUUUUCAUCAACUGGUCUUACUGGUAAUUCCGACACAAUAUCAUCUGUUUCUGCAAUAAACAGUGGUCUUGACCUGUCAGAUUUUCCCGUUUUGGCAAAUCGAGGAAUGUCACAUGUGGUUUCAUCUGUAUCUUCCCCAUCAUCAACUUCUUCUUCUAGUUCAUAUGUUGGAAGGCCAAGCUAUGGUUUGGUAUCGAAACGGGGAGAGCCUACGACAGAAUUUACAAUGUUAAACGAGGAUUUCCCUGCUUUACCUGGCAGCAAAUUGAAAUCAGAAGGUGCAACGGAGUCGUCUUUAAAUCAAGAAAAUAAAGCGGCUGUCCAGCGAUUUGGAAAUCAAAAUUCUUAUGAGCAGGCUGUAAAAGAUGAAUUUCGGACCACUAGUCAAGCUCAAAAUACUCAGUUAGUCAAAGGAAAAAUUCAAACCUCACCUUCAGGCACUAUUUCCAACAUACCAAAGCAUAUGGUUACGGAUCAAUUUGGAAUGAUUGGUUUAUUAACAUUCAUAAGGGCGGCAGAAACGGAACCAAAUCUUGUUACUUUGGCUUUAGGAAGCGAUCUGACGACCCUUGGACUUAACUUGAAUUCACCAGAGAGCCUUUAUCAAACAUUUGGUUCUCCUUUUUCCGAUUCACCUUGUCGACCCCAUGAAAUAGAUUUUAAUGUUCCACCUGAGUACCGAAUCAAUUCCUUCAUACGUGAAAAGCUAUCUUCAUUCAAACUUGGUCGUUAUGGCGAAGAUGUUCUGUUUUAUUUGUAUUACACGAAUGAAGGAGAUGUCCUACAGCUUGCAGCUGCCGCUGAAUUAUACUCACGUGACUGGCGUUACCACAAGGAUGAAAGAGUUUGGCUUACUCGUGUUCCUGGUGUCGAACCACUUCAGAAGACGGAUGUUUAUGAAAGAGGUACAUAUUAUAUAUUUGAUUACGUAAACUGGCGAAAGAUUGCGAAGGAGUUUCAUUUGGAAUAUAAAAAACUCGAAGAAAAACCUUCACUACAAACUAUUGCUGCACAAUGAUUUAAGUACGAACAUGUCCUUAAAGGUUCAUCAAGGAUAACUAAGGACAUGUGAGAGUAUGAACUGCUUAAUUUUGAGACGGAAAUCUUCAUCACGUGAUCAGGAUAACUUUUGAACUAAAACAAUCCCAACAAAAACAGACAAAUAUUAUCCUUUCUUUUGCUUCAUCUUUGGAUCAUGGCUAAAUAAGGCCCAUUUUCGUUGUAACGUUCUUCACUCUCUCUUUUUUCUUCAUGUUUUUUCUUUUAUUUUGCAUGUUAUAGUUCAUAAACAUUGGUCAUAAGAUUUUUCUAUUGCAUCAUUGUAAAAAUUCUUGUACAGCGUAAAAUUUCUAAUCAAAUAAUAAAACUCGCUUUAAGCUUGUGAGCAUGUCAUA